GUUUCCACCAUUUUUUUUCAACAUCAUGUUUACCACCAUUGCUGUGCCUGCCGCCCAAACAAAGGCCUCCGCCGUGCCGGAGAGCGAGGUGCUGAGAAGAAGAAACGAGGAAUUGGAGAAGGAAUUGAAGAAGAGCAUUGAAAGAGAAGAGAAAAUGAAAGAGGAAUUGAAUAAGACAUGGGAGAGGCUGAGGGUAGCGGAGGAGGCGGAGGAGCGCCUCUGUUCUCAGCUCGGAGAAUUUGAAGCAGAGGCUGUGGAUCAGGCUCGGAUCUACAGGACCCGAAUCCAUACUUUAAUGGAUCAGCUUUCGAUGGCCCAAAAACUUCUUCAGUCUGGUCAAAUUACAAUUCCUGAUUCUCAAUGA